CCCAAAAGGAGCGUCGCUUUUACUCUCUCUCCAUCUAUAUAUAAACAACACCUGCUUCCUCUUCCAUCUUCAAUUAUCACACCACUCUCUCCCUCUCCUCCUUUAUAUUUUAGUUAUGGCCAAGAUUGGUUUGAAACCCGAUCCAGUUAACAAUAAUGCCAAGGAGAUUCGUUACAGAGGCGUUAGGAAGAGGCCAUGGGGCCGUUAUGCCGCGGAGAUCCGAGAUCCGGGUAAGAAAACCCGGGUCUGGCUUGGUACUUUCGAUACCGCCGAAGAGGCGGCGCGUGCUUACGAUGCGGCGGCGCGUGAUUUCCGAGGGGCCAAGGCUAAGACCAAUUUCCCCAAUUUUCUCGAGCUGAGUGAGAAGAUGCCGGCUGCCGGCGGCGGUUUCGAGCGUAGCCCAAGCCAGAGCAGCACCCUUGACUGCGAUUCUCCUCCGGCGGCGGUUACGCCGGCGAGUGCUGGGAUUGUUCCGCCGCAGCUCGAGCUUCGCCUCGGCGGCUAUCAGAUCCCGAUGGCGCGUCCUAUUUACUUUUUGGACGUUAUGGGAGUAGGCAACGGAGGUCGUGCUCAGCCUCCGGUGGCGUCAGCUUUUAGGUCGCCGGUGGCUUGUGUGGCUCAGAGCGACUCUGAUUCGUCGUCGGUUGUUGAUUUCGAAGGUGUGAUGGAGAAGAGAUCUCAGCUGUUUGAUCUAGAUCUAAACUUGUCUCCUCCGUCGGAACAGGCCUGAACUUAUCGAAGGUGGUCGUGGUCGUGUUCAUUUCCGACGCGCAUGCGUUUUUUUUUUGUUUGGGAGCUGAGAGAAUUCGUAUUCUCGUUAGUUUUUUAUUCUCUCUCACUCUAGAAUAAUUAUUAUUAUCGGUUUAAAAAAAAAAAGUUUAUCGGGAGAGAGAAUAUAAUUUUAGCUGACAUGGAUCGUUAUGUACAUAUUAUUACAUAACUGGAGAUCUGAACUUUUGUUGUGUGCUUUUUUGCGACUUGGUUUCACCUUGUUGUUCCUCUAUCUGUAGCCUUUAAUUUUGUUAUUGCAAAUUUUAUAUCAAUAAUUUGGUGAUCUUCGU